GGGGACUCUGGCUGCCCGGCUGGUGCAGGCGUUGCUCUCUGUGGUUACGUCCAAUUCCCAUCCGCUGUUCGAAACUUGGGCGCGGGGUGGCGGGGUGAGAGGACGACCGCGGGGGAGCGCGCGGGGCCGGGAACGUGUCCUCGGUGGUCUUAGUCCCGCUCAAUGCUCCGGCCCCGGCCCCGACACUGACGGCGCCCGGGCUCGUGCGCAGCGCGUCCCGGGGGUCGUAGUGCGGCCGCGCCUGGCUCCCGGAGCCACGGGAGCGCGAGGCGUCCAUGGAUCGCCACUCCAGCUACUUCUUCAUCUGGCUGCAGCUGGAGCUCUGCGCCAUGGCAGUGCUGCUCACCAAAGGAGAGAUCAGAUGCUACUGUGAUGCUGCUCACUGUGUGGCAACAGGUUACAUGUGUAAGUCUGAGCUUAGUGCCUGCUUCUCCAGACUCCUCGAUCCUCAGAACACCAAUUCUCCACUCACCCACGGCUGCCUGGACUCACUUGCAAGCACAGCAGACAUCUGCCUAGCCAAACAGGCCCAAAACCACUCUGGCCCUGCCAUGUCCACUUUGGAAUGCUGUCACGAAGACAUGUGCAAUUACCGAGGACUGCAUGACGUCCUCUCUCCUCCCAAGAGCGAAGCCUCAGGACAAGGAAACCGGUAUCAUCAUGACAGCAACAGAAACCUCAUCACUAAGAUGCAGGAGCUGACUUCCUCCAAAGAACUGUGGUUCCGCGCAGCCGUGAUUGCGGUUCCCAUUGCUGGUGGACUGAUCUUGGUGCUGCUCAUUAUGUUGGCCUUGCGAAUGCUUCGAAGUGAGAAUAAGAGACUGCAGGAUCAGCGGCAGCAGAUGCUGUCCCGCUUGCACUACAGCUUUCACGGACACCAUUCCAAGAAGGGGCAGGUUGCAAAGUUGGACUUGGAGUGCAUGGUGCCCGUCAGUGGGCAGGAGAAUUGCUGUCUGACCUGUGACAAAAUGCGGCAAGCAGAGCUCAGUAAUGAGAAGAUCCUCUCCCUUGUGCACUGGGGCAUGUACAGUGGUCAUGGAAAGCUGGAAUUCAUAUGACAGUCAUGUCUGAACUAUAAAUGGAACCCUUGAAGGCCUUCUGAGUUCUGCUGACAGGAGCACUUUUAUCUGGGGACAACUAACUCGCUUAGUCAUCUUGGAAAAACAAAAUGACCUCUGAAAAGAGAAUCUUGGGUAUUUUUUCUGAAGGAUUAUUUGCACAGAUUCUACAGUCAAAUGGAUUAAUUUGCUUUAAAAUUAUAAAAAGCAAAGAGAGGACUCUGCACACUUUCCCAGGGUUCUCUGUGUCCUAGGGAGCCGCAGCCGACUGAAGUAAAAACACUGUGCUCUCUGUAAGCUCCUACAUCCUCAUUUAUUGUAAAGAUUUUUUAAAAAAAAAUAUAUUUUUGUCCGAAAA